AUGUCUACUCAGAAAAUAUCCUCAGCAGAUAUUCUCAGUGAAUUUUUCGAAGUACUGGUUCACAAUAUAAUUUACCAGAAGAAAAUAUACCCAGACACAAUUUUCACAGCCAAGAAAAAGUAUGGUAUCCUUGUAUAUCAGUCCAUUCAUCCUGAUGUAAAUGAAUACAUAAAUCAGUGCAUGAAAGCUGUUAAUUUUCAUGCAAGGAAGAAACAGUUGAAGAGGCUAUUCCUUUGUUUUCAUUCUGAUCAAGCUAUCUUUGAAAAAUAUGUGUUUGAAGUGCUUCACUUGAGUGAUUUUGUGGAAGAAGGGUGAGUUCCUGAAGAAAAUAAAACAAUUCUGAAUGAUGACACAUUAUUGGUUGAUCUUGAACAAUCUAUGAGAAGUAUCAUCUUGAAAUUUCAUUCUGCUCAAGUUUACCUAGAAAAUCUACCAGAUGAUGCAACAUUCAGUAUAAGGCUUCAAACAACACUAUAUUCUAGUGUGGAGUUUAAUCAAGAGCCCAGGUUUGAGGAUUUUCCAUGGAUUGAACUAAGAGAAAAAGACAAUACAGUUAGUUCUGCAGAUAUUGUUCCAUUAUAUACAGUAGAAACCAUUUUCCUUUCACUGCAAAUGUUUGUGGAGAAAGAAAGUUAG